ACAGUGCAACACAUACCAAGCCAGCUGUCAGAGAGAAGAAAAAGUUUUCAUAAACAAAACAAAAUUACUACGCACCUUCCUAAAACCUACUAAAGCUUCAUCGUUUCGUUUCGAAAAGGCCACCGUAUAAUCAGCAAAGAUGGGGAAAGGAUUCAAUAAUUACAUGUGCAAAAAGUUUUUCCAUCCCGCCUCGAGGGACAACCUCAAAAGGGUAUGGAUGGCAGAACAGCAAGCGGAUGCGUACAAGAAAAAGCAGGAAGAGCUACGGAACCAGUACGAGAAGGAGCAGGAACUGCACGACAACAAGGCAAUGCUCAGCAGAGACAGCAAGGACAAGCUGAGCGUGAACUUUAUGUACGAACUCCCACCGGGCAUGAAGAAGGAGCGCGAACAGGAAUCGAACGAGUCCGAGUACAAAUUCGAAUGGCAGCGCAAAUAUAACGCACCGCGUGAGAGCUACUGCAAAGGGGACACCGAAAUUCGUGACCAACCGUUCGGCAUUCAGGUGCGCAACGUACGCUGCAUAAAGUGCCACAAAUGGGGUCAUAUCAACACGGACAAGGAAUGCACCAUGUACAGUCUGUCGAUGAGCGAGGCAAAGAAACUUCAUUCGGAAGCGGAAGCGAAUCAAAUCCUUUCCAAAGGCGAACUCGAGCAGCAGCUGCGUGACGAUGGGCUUGCGAUGAAGCGAAGCGCACAGGAGUUGGUUACCUCACACAAGCUCGUUGCCGAUCCGGAGGUCGAGCAAGCCGUACCGGAGACCGAAUUCAUACGCUCGCUUACAAAGAAGCAAAAGAAAAAAUUGCUGAAAAAGUUGGAAAAAAUAGAAAAGCGUCAACGUUCGUCCAAAAAGAAGGGUAAGAAACGUGCUUCCGGUAGUAGCAGUGGUAGUAGCGGCACCGAUGGCGAUAGUUCGUCUUCAUCCGAUUCGGAACCGGAUAGUCGAGCGAUGAAAAAGAAGGUCAAAAAAUUAAACCACCAUCGAUCGGAGGAUCGAAAUGGAGAGCGUAAGGAGCGGGAACGGGAACGGGCCAAUGAACGGCGGGACAAGCAUCGGCAUCCCCGUAGUCGAUCACGUUCACCGCACGCCGGGUCGUCUCGCACCCAUGACGCAAAGCAGGGCAAGCGCCGUGAUCGUUCCGUCAGUCCACCAAGGCGAGAUCGCAGCAGACGUUAGGAGACGACCCUGCCAUGAAUGCGAAAAGUCCCAUAUCAACCUACCCAUCCCAACCAACUGCGAACCAUGUGAUCGUAUCCUUCUACCCUGCAAAAGCUGCUGUAAGGCUCACCGAAACCUCCUUAACGGGAAACCAAACAAAGUUUAGAAUUAAUUUUGUUUAUUGGAAAAUUUUAAACUUCGCUCAACAUAUCGUAUAAAUAGAACCCACACAUACACACACACACA